GGUCUGCGAAUGCUGAGGGGCAGAUCGAGGGGCCGUUGCUCGCGUCUGUGGGAGAGUUUAGCGAGCUCCGCGGGAGGGAGGCGCGGAGCCCGGGGGCGCUCAGUUGCCGAGUGCGUGCCAGAUGCAGGGCUCCGAACACCCAUCACUUCUGCCUGCGUGAAGUUUGGAGUUUAAAGUGGGUAACAGAUAGCAAACAGCCAGGGUUCUACAUUCCUGUCGUCUCCUGGGCACCUGAUCCUCCCUCACAGCUCUCUGUCAUCUCUGUUCUGACAGCAAUGGAUGGGGAGGAAGAUGAUUUGUCUCUGUUGGCUGCACUGCUGGAGGAGAAUGAGACGGCCUUGAGUUGUAAUUCAGAAGAGAGUCAGUCGUUGACCCAGGAAGAUGGUGAACCGGACUCAUUUGAUGAGCUCUUUGACGCUGACAGUGAUGGUGAAUCUUACACAGAGGAGGCUGAUGUGGUAGAAGUGGAAAAGGCUGAAGACCAAAAGGAGAAUUUGGAUGCUCUCUUUGGAGACAUGGAAGACUUAACAGAUGAGGAGGAAGUUCCUACAUCGCAGUCAACUAACAACAGGGUCCUCCCUGCUCCUGUUCCCAGUCAAGGGAAAACUAAUCAGGAAUUGCAAGAUGAGUUAAGGAAGUUGCAAGAACAAAUGAAGUCCUUACAAGAACAGCUGAAACGAGCAACAAUUAAACAGCCUGCAAGUCCAGCCCGUCUGCCUAAAACCCCAGUAGAUAAGUCUCCACGUCCCCCUCUUAAGGAGAAGAAAAUUCAGAGAAUUCAGGAGUCGUCGUGCUUUUCUGCAGAGCUUGACGUCCCUACUCUGCCGAAACCCAAGCGGGUGGCUCGGACACCAAAGGUUUCACCUGCAGAGCCCCAAAGCUCAUCUUUGAGGAUGACAAGUGCACCCUUCCAACCACUCCGAAUGACUCCUGGGAACAAGCCUAGUGGGAUGACGAGGGAUCAGAGUGCAGGGACCCCCAGGAGCUCUGGGGAAAUGGCUCAGACAGUCUCCGUGGAAGCCUUCUCCGGCCUGAGGCUCAGGAAGCCUCGAGUAUCCUCCACAGAAAUGAAUAAGAAAAUGACCGGCCGAAGACUAAUCAGACUGUCUCAGCUCAAGGAAAAGAUGGCAAGUGAGAAGCUGGAAGAAAUAGACUGGGUGACGUUUGGGGUCAUAUUGAAGAAAAUCACUCCACAGAGUUCUAACAGUGGGAAAACAUUUAGCAUCUGGCGACUGAAUGAUCUUCGUGACCUGACACGGUACGUGUCACUGUUCCUGUUUGGAGAGGUUCACAAAGAACUCUGGAAGACUGAGCAGGGUACCGUCAUAGGGCUGCUCAACGCAAACCCUAUGAAGCCCAAGGAUGGUUCAGAGGAGGUGUGCUUAUCUAUUGAUCAUCCUCAAAAGAUCUUAAUUAUGGGGGAAGCUCUUGACCUGGGAACCUGUAAAGCAAAGAAGAAGAAUGGAGAACCGUGUACACAGACUGUGAAUUUGAACGACUGUGAAUACUGUCAGUAUCACAUCCAGGCCCAGUACAAGAGGCUCAGCGCCAGGCGAGCCGACCUGCAGUCCACCUUCUCCGGAGGCCGAAUUCCAAAAAAAUUUGCCCGCAAAGGCAUCAGCCUAAAAGAACGGCUGUGCCAGGAUGGUUUUUACUAUGGAGGAGUUUCUUCGGCCUCAUAUGCAGCCUCAGUUGCAGCUGCUGUUGCACCUAAAAAGAAGAUUCAAACCACUCUGACUAAUCUGGUGGUUAAGGGCACGGACUUGAUUCUUCAUGAAACUCAACAAAAACUCGGAAUACCCCAGAAGAGCUUGUCUUCCUCUGAGGAAUUCAGGGAAUUGAUGGACUUGCCUACAUCUGGAGCCAGAAACUUGAAACAUCAUUUAGCCAAAGUCAAAGCAUCAGGGAUCAUGGGGAGCCCGAAACCUGCUUUCCAGUCUAUCUCGGCAUCAGCCCUCUUAAAGCAACAGAAGCAGCGUGUGCUAGAGUUGCGGAAAAAGAAAUCAGAAGAAAUACAGAAACGAUUUCUCCAAAGCUCGAGUGGAGUCGAGAGCCCAGCUGUGCCAUCCUCUUCUCAGCAGCCCCCUUUUCAGUCUCCACCAAUGGGGGCUGAGUUCCCUAAGAUGAAAGGAGCCCCAGCCAUACAGACACCCAAACUUGGAAGAGGCAUCUCAGAAGGAGAUGAUGUCCUCUUUUUUGAUGAGUCACCACCACCAAGACCAAAACUGAGCGCGUUAGCAGAAGCCAAAAAGUUAGCUGCUAUAACCAAAUUAAGAGCAAAAGGCCAGAUUCUUACAAAAACAGACCCAAACAGCAUUAAGAAGCUAAAGGAACCCCAGGAUGUCCUGGAAGUGAAGGAACGUGUAGAAAAGAACAGCACAUUUUCUCCUGAAGCUGAUGAUGAAUUAGAGCCUGCCAGAAAAAAAAGGAGAAAACAGCUCGCCUACCUGGAAUCUGAGGAAUUUCAGACAAUACUAAAAGCAAAAUCGAGGCACACGGGGAUCCUAAAAGAGGCUGAGGCUGAGCUGCAGGAACUCUAUUUUGAGCCCCUGGUGAAAAAAGAACAAAUAGAAGAAAAGAUGAGAAACACCCGGGAAGUGAAAUGCCGAGUCGUGACGUGCAAGACGUGCGCCUACACCCACUUCAAGCCUCUGGAGACCUGCGUCAGCGAGCAGCACGACUACCACUGGCACGACGGUGUUAAGAGGUUUUUCAAGUGUCCCUGUGGAAACAGAAGUAUCUCCCUCAACAGGCUCCCCCAAAAGCACUGCAGUAAUUGUGGCCUCUUCAAGUGGGAACGAGACGGAAUGUUAAAGGAAAAGACAGGUCCAAAGAUAGGAGGAGAAACCCUGUUACCAAGAGGAGAAGAACAUGCCAAAUUUCUGAAUAGCCUUAUAUAGCCCCGACUUCAAACAGGUACCCACAGCCUACGUUGCUUUUUGUGGUUCUGGAAAAGCAGAGCAUUGGCUCUGAGUUGCCAGUGUUCCUGGUUGACACAGUCAGGAUGAAUCCUUGUUAAACCUGCAACGUUGUCUUCUUCCUUGGUUGUGUUGGUUUAACAUCAAAUUUAAUAUUGACCUUUAAGUGGAAAAUAAAGAUCGCAUUGUCUUCCCUAAUCUCACUACUGAUGGCAGAAUUCACACAAUUUUUAUGCCCCCAAACUGGGAGGUAGAUCAAGAGUUGUGUUUCUCUCGCUUGGGUUAUAGAGUAUGCAGUGUCACUUCUUAAUUACACUGAGGUUCUGAUAUUUAUGUGGACACCCAGAGGCAAAAGAAUGAAUUUACCUCAGGUAACCUGCCUGACUUCUGGGCUUCAGUUUCCUCAUCUGUAAAAUGUGGAAGAUUGGACUAAAUGAUCUUGAAAUGUGUCUUUGAGCACGCAAAGUCUAAAAAUAAUGUAAUGUUUUGCGAUCUAGAAAAUUAUGACCACCGCCCUUGAUAUAGUCUUGCUGUAUUGAUAUUAAAAGCCGGGUUCCUUCUGAUUCUACUGUUACCUCUAUUUUGUUGUUGGAAAUCAAGUUACUGACCCACUUGGCCUUUUAAUUCAUAUUUAUAUGGUCUCUGUGCCCUUACAAUAUCAUGGAGCUCUGUAGUGGAAAUGCCUAAAAUCUCAUCAUUUUAAAAUGUGGCUUUAUUUAAAUAUGGUUUAAAGAAACUUUGAAACCUCUAACCAAAACAAAUGUAAAAUUUGAGAAGCCAUGAAGCCCGAUUGGAAAACAGAAACCUCCCACAACAAUCCUGUGGAGUUUGGGAUGUGCAGAUAUGCUUUAUACCCACUAAGAAUUAUAGGUCAGGGAUCACCAUGUGAUGGAGGGGGAGGGGCAGCCUGGGACUUGUGAUUACGCCCGAGUCUCGGCUCUUCCGCUCCCUGAUUCUGUGACCGCGGCCAAGGCUCGGGGCUAAGUGCUGCAAAAUGAAAGCGAUGAUGUCUUGGUGGCGCGGACUCACGUGAGAUGGCUCAUGCGUGCAAGGGCGCAGGAGGUGCCCCUUUCAUUGUUUAUGAGAGAAAUGGCGCUUCCCAGGUAAGAGCACAGAGACGCAAAAAAGCAGGCCUUGAAAAGAGCAUUUUGGUUGCGGGUCAGGGAGGUGCUGUUGCAGGUGAAGCUGGGGAAGCAGGUGGUGGCAGGCCUUGAACUUUGCAGGGCCUCCUUGGCUGUGGUGAGGACGUGGGUCUUGAUCCUGUGUGUAUUGGGACCCACCAGAGGGCUUUAAGCAGGGGGUUCUGUAAGAUCACUCAGCUGCCACGGGGAGAAUGAGGCGGGGGCGGGGGUGCUAAAGGCAGAAAGAUGCUGACAUAUUGCAGCACUCGAGGGAAGGGAGUGGCAGCCUGGACGGAAGGGUGAUGAUGGAGGUGGACAGUGGUGGAUGGUCUUAAAGGAACAGAUUGUGCUGGAGAGGGAGUCCAGGGUAACGUUCUGGGUUAGGUAACUAACUGCGUGGAUGUUGAGAGGAAACUCUGAAGGGGUGGGAGACAGAUAGCCCAGACGUUCAGAUGCACUAGGCUCCCCACCCAGGGAAGAUCACAGCGGCGUCAGGAAGCAACUCUGGGGCAGCUUGGCCCCCAGGGCAAGACCUCUACAGUCUAAGGUUCUCCCGGAGGUUGCUAAGGGCACAUGCGAAUGUGGACUAUAGCCACCAUUUUGUACAAACAUUAGGUGCAAAAAAGAAAAAAGAAAAAAGAUCACAUUGUAUAUACACAAUCUUUUUCAUUUGUAUUAUAUAGUGAGCAUUUCCACAUUUCAUUAAAAAGUCUUUGAGCAAAAUUUAAAAAACAAAAAAAAUCAGGUGCUCAGUGAGCUUCUAAAGAAAUAGCAAUUUUAUGAGGACCAAGAGCCAGAAGAAUGAGGCCAGCAUUCCAAAUACGGCCAGCAUUCCAAAUACGGCAGGAUGGGGUUUCACUGGAUCAGCUCUGUCUUAUCUGUCCUAAAGCCAACUCAGAGGUGCCCAUAAGGUCUCGGGUCCUUGCCUUGAACCAGCCAGGCUUUAGAGUCACUGCAGGAAUCAGAGUAUGUGACUCUGGCAGGGUCACCAGCAGAAGAAUAGAUGCGGAGGUGAAUGUUGCUCAUGGAAGAUCCUUUCCAGGCCAUUCCUCAAACACAGCUCAGUGUUUAUGGGUGAAAUGAUAAAAAUGUCAAGGAUUGCCUUUCAAAGAAUAAAAUGAUGGAAGGUGGCAGUGGUGGUUUCGGUGAACCAAAGGUGGCCGAGUUACUAAUUGUUAAAGCCAGGUCAUGGGUACACCGAGACUGGUGCUCAUCUCUGUAUUGUCACGUGUGUUGUAAAAUGUCAUUAUGAAAAGUGAAAAAACAAGAUAAGCAGCUCGAGCUUGCCUUCUCCGUGAUGCCUGCCCAGUAUCCCUGGGAGCAGCUGACAUGACUUCCUUGAGGUUGUUGCUGUAUUUUGAACAUUGCUCUGGCAGGGAACUUACAGUAAUGGGUUUGUUUGUCCUCGUCACCUGCUAGCUUGUAUAUUUUAGUGUGGUUCAAUUUCCAGGUGCCAAACACAGUGCUGCCCUGCUGGUGCUCGGUGAGCGUUGGGUGGUUGGAGGGAUUUUAAAAAUUGUGAAUACAAGGAACUUAAUAAAUGUUUUCUGAAUUGUUAACAAACAAACAAACAAAAGAAUUAUAGCUCAAACCUCAUGCAGGUUACCACCAGAAAAUUCCAUUUAGGAGAGUCCUCUGCCUGGGCAACCUGAUUUUCGAAUACUGUAUGACCCAAGUGAAUGCCACAUAAAGAUUGGGUCAAUUGAUAGGAUUAUUAUAUUGGGAUUUAAAUUCUAGCUAGAAAUAAUUUAGGUUACCCCCAAGAUGGUAUUAUAGUAGGAACAUGACACUUACAGGAGGUGGUUGUGGGAGAUAGUUGAUUUAGGUUUUCAAGAGACAGAAAUAAAUUUCACAUGCCUUGGAUUUCAUCAAAGUUUGGUCUUUGUGGGUAGAAGCUGCUGUGUCUGACGCUUGUGUUCUUCUUAAGCUCACAUCCUUACAGCUAUAUAUUUAGGAGUAUUUUACUUUCCAGGAAGUGUGUAUGCGUGUUUGUUUUUCUUUAAUUUUUAACUAACAGAGAAAAUGUUGAAGUCUCAAAAAGAACCAAAAGCACUUGAAAUUCUGGUUUUUUUGAUGGCUCAUUUCGAGUAGGUGUGUUUCUCCCAUAAACUUAAAACAGAGCUGUGGACCUGAAGUAGCUCACAGCUGAGCAGCUGCCUGGACACUGAACUCCAGGUUACUCUUUGAGGAGCCUCUUCCUAUAUAAGAAACUUGUUCCUGUUUGAACCGAGGAUGUUGUCAGAGUCCAGAUUCACUUGUAUAUUGUGUAUAAGUUGUGCAGUAACAUUUUUAUAAAGGUUAAUUGGUAAGCUGAAUCUAGAUGCCCUCUGUUUUUAAACUUAAUUUUUAAAUUUUGAAUGAUUAAAAAUAAAAUCAAGUUACUUCUCAGUUACUCUAGGUGUUGGGGGGCUUCCACUGGG